CCCCCCCCUCCCCUUCCCCUCCUCCUCCUCCUCCCGCCGGCGCCGGAGCCGCCACGCCGCCGCCAUGGAGCUCAUCACCAUCCUAGAGAAGACGGUCUCGCCGGACUGCUCGGAGCUCGAGGCGGCGCAGAAGUUCCUGGAGCAGGCGGCCAUCGAGAACCUGCCGACCUUCCUGGUGGAACUGUCCAAAGUGCUGGCAAACCCCGGCAACAGCCAGGUCGCGCGCGUGGCCGCCGGGCUGCAGAUCAAGAACUCGCUGACCUCCAAGGAUCCCGACAUCAAGGCCCAGUACCAGCAGAGAUGGCUCGCCAUCGACGCCAACGCCCGCAGGGAGGUCAAGAACUUCGUGCUGCAGACCCUGGGCACGGAGACGUACCGGCCCAGCUCGGCGUCGCAGUGCGUGGCCGGCAUCGCCUGCGCCGAGAUCCCCAUGAACCAGUGGCCGGAGCUGAUCCCGCAGCUGGUGGCCAACGUCACCAACCAGCACAGCACCGAGCACAUGAAGGAGUCCACGCUCGAGGCCAUCGGUUACAUCUGCCAGGACAUCGAUCCAGAGCAGCUCCAGGACAAAUCCAAUGAAAUCCUGACUGCCAUAAUCCAGGGAAUGAGAAAGGAGGAGCCCAGCAACAAUGUGAAGCUUGCAGCUACCAACGCACUCCUGAAUUCUUUGGAAUUCACCAAAGCAAACUUUGACAAAGAGUCUGAAAGGCACUUUAUUAUGCAAGUAGUCUGUGAAGCCACACAGUGUCCAGACACGAGGGUACGAGUGGCUGCCUUACAGAACCUGGUGAAGAUAAUGUCCCUUUAUUACCAAUACAUGGAGACGUACAUGGGGCCUGCCCUCUUUGCUAUCACAAUCGAGGCGAUGAAAAGCGACAUAGACGAGGUGGCUCUGCAGGGCAUCGAGUUCUGGUCCAACGUCUGCGACGAGGAGAUGGACCUGGCCAUCGAGGCCUCGGAGGCAGCAGAACAAGGACGGCCCCCAGAGCACACCAGCAAGUUCUAUGCCAAGGGGGCACUGCAAUAUUUGGUCCCUAUUCUAACCCAGACCUUAACAAAACAGGAUGAGAAUGACGACGAUGACGACUGGAACCCCUGCAAGGCGGCGGGGGUGUGCCUGAUGCUGCUGGCCACGUGCUGCGAGGACGACAUCGUCCCCCACGUGCUGCCCUUCAUCAAGGAGCACAUCAAAAAUCCCGACUGGAGGUACCGGGAUGCUGCCGUCAUGGCCUUCGGAUGCAUCCUGGAAGGGCCCGAGCCCAACCAGCUCAAACCUUUAGUAAUACAGGCCAUGCCAACGUUGAUAGAGCUGAUGAAGGAUCCCAGUGUGGUGGUCAGGGACACGACAGCCUGGACUGUGGGCAGGAUCUGCGAGAUGCUGCCCGAGGCCGCCAUCAACGAUAUCUACCUGGCCCCGCUGCUGCAGUGCCUGAUGGAGGGGCUGAGCGCCGAGCCCAGGGUGGCCACCAACGUCUGCUGGGCCUUCUCCAGCCUUGCUGAAGCUGCGUAUGAAGCUGCAGAUGUGGCUGAUGAUCAGGAAGAGCCAGCAACCUACUGCUUAUCCUCCUCCUUUGAGCUGAUAGUGCAGAAACUGCUGGAGACUGCAGACAGACCUGAUGGACACCAGAAUAACUUGAGGAGUUCUGCCUAUGAAUCCCUGAUGGAAAUAGUGAAAAACAGUGCCAAGGACUGUUAUCCUGCUGUCCAAAAAACCACCCUGGUCAUCAUGGAGAGGCUCCAGCAAGUGCUGCAGAUGGAGUCUCACAUCCAGAGCACCUCUGACAGAAUUCAAUUCAACGAUCUCCAGUCCCUUCUCUGUGCUACUCUCCAGAACGUGCUGCGGAAGGUGCAGCACCAGGACGCGCUGCAGAUCUCGGACGUGGUGAUGGCGUCACUGCUCAGAAUGUUCCAGAGCACGGCCGGCUCCGGGGGGGUGCAGGAGGACGCCCUGAUGGCCGUCAGCACCCUGGUGGAAGUUCUGGGUGGAGAAUUCCUGAAAUACAUGGAUGCCUUCAAACCUUUCCUUGGGAUUGGGCUGAAAAACUACGCUGAGUACCAGGUCUGCCUGUCGGCAGUGGGGUUGGUGGGGGACCUGUGCCGAGCCCUGCAGUCCAACAUCCUCCCCUUCUGCGACGAGGUGAUGCAGCUGCUCCUGGAGAACCUGGGGAACGAGAACGUGCACAGGUCGGUGAAGCCUCAGAUCCUCUCAGUGUUCGGGGACAUCGCCCUGGCCAUCGGGGGCGAGUUCAAGAAGUACCUGGACGUGGUGCUCAACACCCUCCAGCAGGCUUCCCAGGCCCAGGUGGACAAGUCCGACUACGACAUGGUGGAUUACCUGAACGAGCUGCGGGAGGGCUGCCUGGAGGCCUACACCGGGAUCAUCCAGGGGCUGAAGGGAGACCAGGAGAACGUGCACCCUGACGUGAUGCUGGUGCAGCCCAGGGUGGAAUUUAUCCUCUCCUACAUCGACCACAUCGCGGGGGACGAGGAUCACACGGACGGGGUGGUGGCCUGCGCCGCAGGACUCAUAGGGGAUUUGUGUACAGCUUUUGGGAAGGAUGUCCUGAAAUUAGUAGAAGCCAGACCCAUGAUCCAUGAACUGCUAACGGAAGGGAGGAGAUCCAAGACGAACAAAACGAAAACCCUCGCCACCUGGGCCACAAAAGAGCUGAGAAAACUCAAGAACCAAGCUUGAUCUGUUACCAUUGGGACGACACCUGAGGACCCCCACUGGAAAAAAACAACAACACCAACAACACCAAGAGAAAAAAAAAAAAAA